CCAACUAGGAUCUCAUCCGGGCCUGAAUAAUCUGAAUAAAUAGAGAGGUGGUCCAGAUCAGAAGUGACAUGAUGUGAGGUUGCUGAGUCCAUAAGCCACGAUCCAGAUGAUGGAGAAGAGCCCGUGGCAGAUGUAUGAUUGACCUGCCCAUUGCGGGCUUGAUGCAAUGAUUGGCGGACUUGGGGAAACAGUAGAAAGCACUGUCUCACUGAAUGUUCGGGUUUGUCACAAUAUUGGCAAAUAAUAGUCGGGGAAACAGUCAAAAGCAAUAUUUAGUCCAAUUCAACAUUUUGUUUCCAACAUAGAAAGCAUUAUCAAAUGUUCCAAAUUGGUUGCUUCUUGGAAACAUGAAUAAAUAAGCAACUACACAAGAAAAAACCUAAAAACAGAAACAUGACCAUUCUUUUGCAACACAAAAUACAUCAUCAUUCUUUUGCAACACAAGAAAUUGAAACGUGUCUUUCGUCAUCCAUUCACCAGUUUCAAGCAUUCAUUAGAAACAUGAAUAAAUAAGCAACUACACAAGGAAAAACUUAAAAACAUAACCAUUCUUUUGCAACACAAGAAAUUAAAAUGUUGUCUUUUGUCAUCCGUUCACCAGUUUCAAGCAUUCAUUUCCAGCUGCUUCGUCUUCCACACCAUGAUUAUUGUCUCAAGGCCAUCCACCAACUCUGUAACCUCUUCAUCUUUCUUCCUUUUUGAAUAUUUGAUCUCUUCAUCUUUCUUUUGAAUCUCUUCAUUAUGAUCUGCCACUUUUUCUUCCAACUCCUUGGUCCUUUCAACUGCUAUUUCCAUUUUUUUUGUCAGUUCUUCACUUGACUUUCAAGGGCUACUCUUUCAACCUUAUGUGUUGCAAUCGUUGCUUAUUUUUCUUUGAAGUGAUAGUCGUUUCUUCAAACAUCUUAGAAAGUUGAGCAUUCAUUGAUUGCAAAGCCUCGUUCUUGCCCCUCAACACAGAAAUUUCACGUUGUAAAUUAGCUUCAACCUUGCCAUUUACAUCAAAUAACUUGAGAAACUUUUGAAAAUCACGAUCUUUAGUCGCAAAGAGGCCCUCCGUAUGAGUAAGUUGUUCUCCCAACUUUGAUGUUUUCUCUUCAUUCUCAAUAGAAUUCUCUGUCCUUUUUUUAAUUUCACCUCUCUGGCCUUCUCUUUUGUUGCGGUCAGAGCAAUCUCCAAAGCUUUUUUUGAUUUCUUCUUAGUUUCAAUUUCCCCAUUCAACAUAGCAACUUGGGAUUCCAGUUUAUGAUUCUCCUAAUUUGAGGCUAACUAAAAAAUUGACGGACUCUCCAUUGCAAGCUUGAGUGCUUCACUGAGUUCUUCAUUCCCUGCUGAUUCUAGUAUCAAUGUCUUCUUAAGACAAGCAAGCUCCUCUUCCAAAGGAGGGAUUGAAGAUGGGUUUUCCAAUUACUUUAUAAAUGGAAGGAAUAAAAAACAGAUUUAAAGAAAAUUUCAUACUCAUUGUACAAUCCUAAAUUUCGUGAAAUUGGAGGGUUAAAAAUGUAACGAGCAUACCUAUAAACGCUCAGAGCAGAUGAAGAAGAGGAUCCCAAGGAGGAGACUGGCCGAACAGUAGAGGAGACGGCCAGAAAGUAGAGGAGACUACGGUGAACUGUGACGGACUGUGGAUAGAGAAAUCAGGUCGACGAACGAGAGGUUGUGUAUCUCGAUUUUUUAUUGGAUAAUUUCUCUCUCUCCUAAUUUAUAAAUAGUAGACUAGUACGUAUAGAGGUAGGAUUCUUUUUUGUAUAUAGAUGAUAUAAUUUUAUUAAGGAAAAAAGAAAAUGUUUACAAAAGUUCAACCGAAAAGAAAGCAGAGAUGACGCUAGGAACAAAAGCAGCACCAAACAUGAAUGAAAGAAAGAAAUGUUAAGCAAUCAGACAUCUUAGCUCUCAAAAGCGAGCAGCAUAAUAAUAUGAGUCAAAAGACCCCAUCAACAGCAAAAAAAAAAAAAAAAAAAAGCAGAUCAUGAGCUUCUUUCUAUCAAUUGACACAAAAAGCUGUAAUUUCAUUCUUGUAAUAAGCAUCCAAGAGUUGCUCAUUAUUGUUGAUUCAUCAACAAUCUAUUUCUUACAUUCUCCUAAUUUAAUUUGGAGUUUUGGACUCAACUUCGCGCGUGUAUGUCUUGUAAAAAAAGAUAAAACUUUUGGAUUUCUUUUUCAAAGAGGAGAAAUCCAUCUCGUGAAUUGUGGUAAAUAAGCAAGGAUUAUGCAUUGGACCCUUAAAUUUUAAUGGGAUCAACCCUUAAAUCCUACUUUGACUAAUUUGAAUUCAUUUAUGACGUGUGAGAUGGCAAAUAGUAAUUUCAUAAUGUCUAGUAAUGGAUUUAUUUUAGAUCGAUAAGAGUAAUUGUGAAUUGUCAUAUCAGGUAUGAAACUUAUUUUUGCUUCAGAAGAUGAUUAAUCAGAGUCAACCACACUUUCUUGUGAUAUCAAAAUAACUCUCAUCUACCCUAAAUUACAUAGGGUAUGAAUGCACAUUAAAUUGACAAGUGUAUAUAAUUAGAGAGUGAUAAAUAUCUGUACUUAUAUUCAUGGCUUGAAGAUCGAAUAAGUUCAUUGUUUGCUGAGUGGAUGAUUCUCUGCGGAGAAGAUUUCUUCAAUGCAUUAAACCAUCUAUUGGUCAAACUAAUUAUGUUUUAUGUAAAAUCUACUUAUCCUUAUACCUUAUUAUUUUCAAUCUCUGAAAUGGUUUGUUUUGUCAUAGCAUCCUACUAUUGAAUCAAGAAUAGUGUUGAUUUGCGUCAAUCUAUAAAAAUAAUAUUUCAACGCUACUUAAUAUAAUUUUUCAGUUUCUGUUUUCUAUUUUUAUCUGUGAAUAUAUAGACGAAAAAAGAUAAGUUAUGUUUUGGCAACAAUAAGAGUUGACAACACAAUGUAAAACCGUUGAAAUAAGUGAAAUCAUUUUAAGUUACUUCAUUGCUCUUUGUUGUAGGAUCGUAUCAAUUGUAUGAAUAAUUUCAUUAUGUGUUAAAUCUCACUAGACCUACUUUCUACAUUUUCCCUUUCUAAUUCAGAAAACACAUCCCAAAAUCUUUUUGUCAAUAUUAUUCGCAUAUCUUUUUGUCUCAAUUUCUCAUAACUCGUCAUGUCAAACUAUUUCUCAUAUUAUUUUUCUAGUUUGGUCUUAGUAUCAACGUUGAUACUAAACUAAUAUAUAAAAAAAUAAACAUAUUCGAGAACUUUUCACAGAAAGAGGCGUAACGACACGAGUGCUUUUAACCAAGGUUGUUAAACUUCUACAGAUCGACUAGUCGCACUCGUUAUGAGUUGGUCUACAAAACAAUCUCCAAAAAAUUAGUGGCUCGAGUCCUGACCGCUAGAAAGGGCGAGGGAAGGGAGGACGGGGGGAGAGAAAAGAGGAUAGUGGGAGGGUAAUGGGGAUUAGGUAAGUUUUUUUAAUGAGAGGUGAGUUUCUAAUAUAUACAUGUGAAGAAAUUUCCUUUCAGUUAUUAAAAUUUUAAAUUAUUACCUUAUUUGUACUUGAUUGAAUGGUUUAACGACUUUAACCGGUUUGACAAACCUUUAAGUUUAUGGACCGGCGUCGUUUCGCUGCCAAAUUCCUAGACUCGAAAACCGUCGUCUGCUUUAGCCGUCCUCCCUUUUAAAAAGUCUCACUGACGCCGGUGCCGUCGGCGAAGAAAUGAAAGCGUGGCCACCGUUGAAGAAGAAGAACAACAACAGCAGAUGGCGAACGCCGGGAAAUUUCUCAAUCCAAUCAGGAAAUCGAUCACGUUGCUCAGCUCUUGUCACUGUUCUCCAAUCUCCCAAUAUAGUAAGCUAGUUCAGCGCGAAUUCGAGUCUGUGACGACAUUGAUGAAACGACUCCAACCUUCAGUAACACGGCACAACAAGUUCUUAUCGCUACGAACAUUUGGUACUCUUAACUCAGCAGUGAGGAGAGCGAGUCUAGCAAUAGGCAUAGCCGGUGGUGCUUCAAUUGUAAUCGGCUCUGUUACCUGUUCUCCUACGGUUGCAUACGCGAUGGAUGACAUUUUGAUGGAUGAUGAUAGAGAGCCCUUUGAUGCCUCCGAUAGGGAUGAGUUUGCACACGCUGCUUGGAUGGUGAUUCGGAAGCUAUGGCUGCCAGCUUUCUUCUUCCUUACCAUAGUAUCGAACUGGAAUCACCCGAUCGUGCUUUUCACCAAGGGACCACUGUUAUUCCACAAGGGUUGAUCUGGAUCAUAAAAGUCAGCUCCGCUUGCAGAAACCGAGCCAGAAUAUCCACCAUUCAGUCCAGGAUUGUCAUCAUACAGCCCAGAUUUGGUACUAUUUCCAGUUAGAGCUUUGCUGUUAGCAGACAUGGUUGAAGGGUUACCAAUCCCUUGUAAGCCCCCCGGAACAGAAGGAGGUCCCACCAGUUGUGCACUUGGGAGUGAAACGGGGAGGUUAAACUGAGAAAGGCUCUGCAAGACGUAAAAAGGUAUAAUAAUACUGUGUCAGCAUGAAAACACAUCUUCACAUUACAAAAGCUGAUACUCAGAACAGUAAUAGCAUUGCAGCAUCUACCCAAAGAAAGGAGUGGCAUGAUACCAAUAGAAAAUAGGGACUCGAUAGAAUUAAAAUACUUGCCAGGAAGAAAUGGAAUUCCACAAA